AUGAUGGUUCCCAACGAAGCUCUGUGCGACCUCUUCAAUCAGUGUGUCCGAAAGCAGGACGCUCCCUUCAUAUGGCUUCUCACGGCCGUCAUCGGCAUCCUAAAGAGCAACCUCCACCCGAAAGACGCGGCGAGCUAUCGUGCCAUUGGCCUCGAGUCUAUUGCGUUGAAGGUGAUGACUCUACUCAUCCACAGGAGACUGUAUGCAAGGGCGGAAAGACACAAUAUUUUUCCGGCCUCCCAGAACGGGUUCCGCCACGGAUGCAGAACGAACAACAACGUCUUCAUUCCACGCGGCAUCAUCGAGAAGUAUCAGAACUCUAAGCUUCCCAUGUACGUUGCGUUCGUAGACAUCAGCAACGCGUUCCUGGCUACGGACCGGGACAUCCUCUGGCUCACACUCAGCGCCAGGGCUGUGUAG